CAAACCCGUUCAAUAUCUGCAGAGUAAUUGCUGCUUGGUCGCGCGCGAUGUAAUAUUAAGCUCGGCAGUUGAACUUGCUGAAGGCCAUAAUAAAUCUGGCGCUCCAGCACUAUACAAACAUACUGUGUGCAAAUAAUAGCGAUGUCUGACUAGGUACCAUCAACGACGCAUCGCGCAACAUGGAGCAUGCUGGGAACCCUGCGGAAGGGCCGCACGGCCUCAGUGAAGUGGAUCUUACUGCAGAUGGCGCGACCCAUGCGGGCCAAGCAGAAGCGCUGGCGCUGUCCUCACCGCUCCUGCUUCCUUACGAACGACAACUUGUGGAAGACGCCCUCCAGGAUGACUGCCUCAUCAUCACCGCCGCCGGUCUGGGCUGGCAGCGCAUCGCCGCAGUGCUCCUCCGCAUCACCCAGCGAGCCCUGCUGGCGGAGUGGAGGCAGCAGCAGCAGCAGCAGCAACAGGAGGAGCGACACCAACAAGCAGCUGGAGCAGCAGCAGCUGCUGCUGCUGCUGUUACCUUACCUCCUGCCAAUCCCUCCAGCAACACAAGCAACAACAUCCCAAACAACGGCGGUGCUAACGCUGCUAACAGCAAUAACAUCGGCGGUGGCGGAAGCGGCGGAAACGGUGGAAGCGGAAGCAAUGCAAACAACAGCGUAGGAGGCGGUGGCUGUGUCCUGGUGCUGGGUGCCUCCCCCUGGCAACGCGCCCUCCUCACCUCCGAACUAGCCCGACACGAUCCCUCCCUGCUGCCACCACUCGACAUCACAAACGAAGUUCCCGCCCUGGAACGCAUUCAGCUCUACCGCUCGCGACCCGCGGGUCGGCCGCUUUUCAUUACCUCCCGCAUCCUGGUAGUGGAUUUGCUGGCGGGGCGGUUGCGGGGACGUCACGUGGCUGGGGUGUUGUUGCUGAAUGCACAUCGCGCGAGUGACACAAGCGGGGAGGGGUUUGCGGUGGCGUUGUUGCGUGGGGAGG